AUUAACUUUCUUUCUAUAUAAAUAAGUCCCCCUUGCUGUCUUCCCUCUUUCAGGGCAGGGACGUCUCUUCCCACCAACACCACAGCAACAACCACCACCAAAGCAAACACAGCACAACUCACAACAACCACAAAGAUCUUCCCGGUCACAUCAAUUAACAAAAGCACGAAGCCCACUACUUCCUCCGGUUCGUACAAUUAUCAUGCAAUCUUCGGCCUCCCCCUCUUCUACUCCUUCCAGCUCCAUGUCGCCGUUCGAUUUAAUGGCCGCGAUUAUUAAAGGAAAGAAAUUUCUGGAUCCUUCCAAUGUUUCUUCCGACUCCUCCGGGAGUGAGGUGGCCAAUAUCAUCUUCGAGAAUCGUGAGUUCGUGAUGAUCUUGACAACGUCUAUUGCCGUCCUGAUCGGCUGCGUCGUCGUUUUGAUAUGGCGGCGAUCGAGCGGAAAGAAGGUCAAAAUUGUCGAGCCGUUGAAGCCGUUGACAGUUAAGGAGCCGGAAGUUGAAGUUGAUGAUGGUAAGCAGAAGGUCACCAUUUUCUUCGGUACUCAGACGGGAACUGCAGAAGGUUUUGCUAAAGCCUUGGCUGACGAGGCAAAAGUGCGAUAUGAGAAAGCAAAUCUCAAAGUCGUCGAUUUGGAUGAUUAUGCUGCUGAUGACGAAGAAUACGAGGAGAAAUUGAAGAAGGAAAGUUUGGCACUUUUCUUCAUGGCUACAUAUGGAGAUGGUGAGCCAACGGAUAAUGCAGCUAGGUUCUAUAAAUGGUUGACGGAGGGGAAAGAAAGAGGGGAAUGUUUACAGAACUUGAAGUUUGCAGUGUUUGGUCUUGGUAACAGGCAGUAUGAACAUUUUAACAAGGUGGCGAAGGUGGUGGAUGAUAUCCUUGCUGUGCAGGGUGCAAAACGCCUUGUCCCAGUGGGUCUUGGAGAUGAUGAUCAGUGCAUUGAAGAUGAUUUUAGUGCAUGGCGAGAAAUGCUGUGGCCUGAGCUGGAUCAGUUGCUUUGGGAUGAAGAUGAUUCGGCAGCUGCUUCUACCCCCUACACUGCAGCUAUAUCAGAAUAUCGGGUUGUAUUUUAUGACCCUGCAGAUGCACCACUCGAGGAUAAAAGCCGGGGCAGUGUCAAUGGUCAUGCUGUUCAUGAUGCUCAACACCCCUGCAGGUCUAAUGUUGCAGUAAGAAAGGAGCUUCAUACUCCACAAUCUGAUCGCUCUUGCACCCAUCUGGAAUUUGACAUUGCUGGCACUGGACUUUUGUAUGAAACAGGGGAUCAUGUUGGUGUUUACUGUGAGAAUUUAAUUGAGACUGUAGAGGUGGCAUUGCAGUUGUUAGGCUUAUCACCAGAUACUUAUUUCUCCAUCCAUUCUGAUAAAGAGGAUGGCACACCACUUGGUGGAAGCUCCUUGCCUCCUACUUUCCCACCUUGCACUUUAAGAACAGCAUUGACUAAAUAUGCUGAUCUUUUGAGUUCUCCUAAAAAGUCUGCAUUACUUGCUUUAGCAGCUCAUGCAUCUGACCCUACUGAAGCUGAUCGGUUAAGACAUCUUGCAUCACCUGCUGGAAAGGAUGAAUAUUCACAAUGGGUAGUUGCAAGUCAGAGAAGUCUCCUGGAGGUCAUGGCAGAAUUUCCCUCUGCCAAGCCCCCACUUGGUGUAUUCUUUGCAGCAGUUGUUCCGCGCUUGCAACCUAGAUACUAUUCAAUUUCUUCAUCACCAAGGAUGGCACCUUCCAGAAUUCAUGUUACUUGUGCGCUGGUUUAUGAGAAAACACCUGCAGGACGCAUUCACAAAGGAGUGUGCUCUACUUGGAUGAAGAAUUGUGUCUCACUGGAGAAAAACAGUGAUUGCAGCUGGGCUCCUAUUUUUGUCAGGCAAUCCAACUUCAAACUUCCAACUGAUCCUAAAGUACCUGUUAUCAUGAUUGGCCCUGGCACUGGUUUGGCUCCUUUCCGUGGUUUCCUGCAGGAAAGAUUUGCUUUGAAGGAAGAUGGAGUUGAGCUGGGAGCCUCCAUAUUGUUUUUUGGUUGUCGCAAUCGCCAAAUGGAUUACAUUUAUGAGGAUGAGCUUAACAACUUUGUUCAAAGUGGUGCCCUCUCAGAGUUGGUUGUUGCUUUCUCCCGUGAAGGACCCACCAAGGAAUAUGUGCAGCAUAAAAUGAUGGAGAAGGCUUCAGAUAUUUGGAACAUGAUCUCUCAGGGAGGAUACUUAUAUGUUUGUGGUGAUGCUAAAGGCAUGGCUAGAGAUGUUCACCGUACUCUCCAUACAAUUGUGCAAGAGCAGGGAUCACUGGACAACUCCAAGGCUGAGAGCUUGGUGAAGAAUAUGCAAAUGACCGGCAGGUAUCUACGUGACGUAUGGUGAUGAUUCUUCCUAAAGCGGAUAUUGUAUUAUGUUGAUAAAAAAUAUUAGAAGGAACUUUGCGAUACAUAUAUAAGCCUAGGCCAACCUGUUUGGGAUAAAACGAAAUCUAUGAAUAGGUCUAUUGUCAUUGCCAUUUCGGCAAUAAAAAUGUUUUCUUCUAUUAUACUAGUCAGGUCACGUGAUUCUUUUCCCUUCCCAUAAGAAUGAUUUUUUUGUUCAUGUAAUAUGAUAAUUAAUUGCCGCUAGGGAAUUUAGGUAAAAUGAAGUCGGUUUUUCCCCUGUAAUGAUAGAACCAAGAAAGUGGUUCAAAUGACAGAUCAUAUUGUUUUUUUCCCUUUUAUGUAACUGUUCUACGAGGACAAUGUAAGUUCAAGUUUGCUUUAUGAUUUUUUUUUUCAA